AUGACGGCGAUAUCCCUCGAACUCGAACCUGACUCUCUCUAUAUCUGCCUCACCCAACUUCUUGUCCCCGGUUUCCACUGGGGCCUCUACUUCACCGACAAUCGCGGGGUUGCCACUUGCCACGAGUGGGCCGAAGUCCAAGGCCGCCGUGAUCUCACACAACCCGUGGAGGCAUACCAAGUGGCACUCAUCCACCCCGUCACAGUCAACGACGCCCAGAACAGACUGAACCUCGCGUUCGUCAAGGUCCUCGGCUAUUCGCCGCCCUCCUCGCAGUACGACCUGCAGGCGCGCUUUGCCGCCAUUGAGCCCAGUGGCGGUUACAGCGACGUCCGCCGGAACCGGAAGAGCGGCCUCAGCUGCAGGACGUGGCUCAUGCGUGCGCUCGGACUCCUCCAGGAGGAUGGAGUCAUUCGACGGGACACGCCGGUGUCGAACAUCGAAGGCGCGGUGAAGGAGAUCGGCACAGAAGUGGAGAAACGCCUUGGCGAAGGGGAGGAUCUGGACACGCAGAUCAGGACUGUUUGA